GGGAGCCCCUGUCGCCCGAUCGGGCCGGGGACUCCCGGAUCCCGCCCAUACCUGAGCCAGGCACGGCCGCGGGCUUCACGCCGGCGCAGCGGUCAGUCCUCGCUUUGCAGGCAGAGAAACUGAGGCCCGGGGCAGCCGGGGCGGGGCCGGCCCCCUGCGAGUCCGAGCCCCCGCCCCCGGUCGGCCCCGCCCCGGCCCGUAAGAGGUCCCCUGGCCGCCAGGCGAAAGCUCACAGCACGGAGCCGGGGCCGGGGCCAGGACCGCGAUGGCAGCUCAGCGGCUGGGCAAGCGGGUGCUGAGCAAGCUGCAGGCUUCAUCGCGGGCCCGGGGACCGGGAGGCAGCCCCGGGGGGCUGCAGAAGCGACACGCGCGUGUCACCGUCAAGUAUGACCGGCGGGAGCUGCAGCGGCGGCUGGACGUGGAGAAGUGGAUCGACGGGCGCUUGGAGGAGCUCUAUUGCGGCAGGGAGGCAGACAUGCCCGAUGAGGUCAACAUUGAUGAAUUGUUGGAAUUAGAGAGUGAAGAGGAGAGAAGCCGGAAAAUCCAGGGACUCCUAAAGUCGUGCACAAACCCCACAGAGGACUUCGUCCAGGAGCUGCUGGUGAAGCUGCGAGGCCUCCACAAGCAGCCAGGCCUCCGCCAGCCCAGCCCCUCCGGUGACGGCAGCCUGAGCCCCCUCCAGGACCGAGCCUGGACUGCGCGGCCCUGACCCUCUCUGGCCUCUGUGACCCCCCUCCAUCUCCCCCCAACGCCAUCCUGGCUUGUUUAUAAGGUGUAUUUAAUGGUUCUGUAACAAUAACACUGCGUGCCUGUUUUUCUUCUCCCUGGUUACUGUGGGCUUCCCUGAGCUCCUCCCCGCACCUCCCUCUCUCCUGCUGCGUCUCCUCAUGUCCCAGCACCCUCAGCUGGCCCGGGCAGAUGGAGAAUCAUUCCUCAGCCGGGGAGCAUGAGAACAGGCCCUGCUGACCUUGCAGGCCUGGGACUCACAUCCUCGCCUCACCUCCCCCAGCCUUGGCCCAGUCCCAGCCAGCAGGGCCUCAGUGUGUGGGUGGCACAGGAGGGCUCCUGUAGGGAGGACCGCCUGUGGUCCCUGGGCCACAGGAGAUGCACAGGACUGAAUGUACCUGAUGUGACCACAGUGCACUGGGAACAAACCAUUCAUCCUCUCCAUAGAUUUUAUUGGGCACCUAUUGUAUGAUUACCCUGGCCAUUAGUAUUGAGGACACAAAGAUAGCAGAAGAUAGUCUCUGGCGUCAAGGUGCUCACACAGUGGUGGGGAGGAAGGGCCUGUGAGCAGGGGAUUCGAGCAAAGUGUGCUGCAUGGUCCAAGAUACUUGGGAGCCCACGGAGUAGGAGGAGCUGUUCACUCUUGGGGUGGUGAAGAAAUCUAGGAGUGCUUCCUGAAGAAAGUGACAUUUAGGCAGGGCUUUGAAGGAUGCAUAGGAGUUUGUGUGAAAUGGGUACCCAUAUCAGAGGACUCUGAACUGGUGGGAGGAGGGAUUGAUAUUGGGGCUGAGCCAGGGAAGAUACCAAAUAUUGGCAGGCCCAUCUACCAGUCAGGAUGGGCAAGUCCCUCAGAGCUGGAUCAGGGAAGCCCCCUGGGCUGGGGCAUGCUCAUGCUGGGGAAUGGAGGGCCCUGAAGGGUCUCAGGGGAAGGGCAAGGGUAUCAGAAGUGGGUAGUGGUUAUUUACUAAAGACUGUGGAAGUGCUUCAUUAUUUCAACAACAGUAGUCCCAGCUGUGUACAGUCAGGAGAUGGGGUGGGAUUGUGGCUGUGCUUAGGACUGGGGCCAGGCCGGAACUGGGGAAUCUUCCCCCAAGGUCAUAGCACACCUCCCAUCUCACCUCUACUGCCUAAAAUUGGGGCCCCGAGCCCCAUGCCCAUGCAGUGCUGCCCAGAAGCCCUGCCAGGAUCAGACACCCAUCCCAGGGGUCCCAGCUCUAAUCUGGCAGGAAGAGAAGCCGACCCUGAAGAAGAGGGGUAUCUAGGAGCAUCUGCUCUGUUGAGCCCUUCAGGUGACCUUGCUGUCCCUGUACAGACAGACCUCAGGCUUCCAGUGCCCCCUCCCCUCCACACAACUGGAUAGAGAGUGUAAUGGAGGAAUCCCUCCUCCUCGUACCCAAGCAAAGUCUUGGGUGUGCCGUGUGUUGAGCCUCUCAGUUUCCUCAUCUGGAAAAUGGGGACUUCACAGAAGAUGAAACUGAGGCCCAGAUUAGUGAUGACACUUGCCCAAAAUCACUCAGCUGGGAAGUGGCAGUGGGUUUUAAUCACAGGCAUUAUGAUUCCAGAACCCAAAUAUUUCUACACUACAGUGCCCCUAUAAGCCAUAGCUUUAGCAUACAUUGCAAUUCUUCAGUGGCAAGAAGAGGUGGACUAAUUCAUACUAAGGUGUUAGUGACUGCUGACAGCUCUCUGAGAUAGCCUGUCUAAAGGGCAAUACAAUUUGAGAACAAGGCUACAACAAAAGGAUCGGGAAGCAGCAUACCAUGGUGGGUAAGAGCAUGGACUCCGGGGUUAGUGCUUGGAUUCAAAUGCCAUCUGUCUUACUUCCUAGCUGUGUGGUCUUGAGCAAGUCACUUAACCUCUCUGUGCCUCAAGUUUCCAUAUCUGGAAAAUGAUUAUAAUUGUACCUACUUCCCAGGGUGGUUGUGAGGUUUAAAUGCAUAGAUUGUAGACUAGUGCCGGGCACAAAGUAAGCGUUAUCGUCAACCUUAUCAUUGUAGGGAGGGGCUGGACCAUUAGCCCCUUACAGCCGCCAUCCCUGGCCAGCAAGAUGUCCCUUAGGAACACUGAAUCACAGGCGCUUUGCUUAGGAAAAGCCACAAAGGACACGGUGUACCCGAGCCACCACCCUUGCAUAAUUGCCACACUCACCUCCUCACGCUGCCUCCCAGGGCCUGUGAUCUUGUUUCCCACUUAGCAGCCCAAUAAUGCUUUUUCUCACUCACUUUACUUUUUAUUUAUCUAUUUUUUGGCUGUGCUGCACGGCUCGCAGGAUCUUAGUUCCCCCAACCAGGGGUCGAACCCACGGCCCCUGCAGUGAAAGCGCAGAGUACUCACCACUAGACCACCAGGGAAGGCCCUCUCACUUUUGUCUCCAUCCACCCUGCUCCCUCCACGGGCUUCCUUUGGCUUCAGAGGAGAAACCAAAGUCUCCCCCUACACGCUCCACCCGCCCACCUGUCAUCCUUCAUCCCUCUCCUCUCCCUCACCUGCACUCCCCGCCAACCCCCCUCACUCCCACGAGACUCUUCCCCUCCUGGACCCUUGGACGUUUCUCUGCCCGGAGUACUCCGCCCAAGUGAGGGAUCAUCAUUUAGAUGUAAUUCCAGACAGGUGUUCUUGAGCCCCUUAUGGAAGAAACCACCCUCUGUCACUAUCCUGUCACAAUAAUUAAUUUUCUCCACGAAUUUAUUACACCCUGAAAUUAUGCAUUACUUUAUUGUCUGUCUACCCUCCCCCCACCUUCAGAAUAUUAGCUCCUUAGGCACGGCUGUAUUCCUAACGUCCGGAGCAGCGCCUGGCACACAGCGGGUGCUUGCCCAAUAACGGGGACGCAUUCUCCGCGCACAGCAACCCUCUUCGACUAGAAGUGAAGCCUUAGCGUCCUCUCGUGGCUAUGCGGGUUGUUUUAAAUAAACUACACCCCAACGGUCAGCUACUCCAGGGCUGGUCGGCCGGCAUUUAUUUAAGAGCUGGCUUCAGAAGUCGCUACAGCAAAGCACUCGCCCGUCUUAGAUCAACACCAGAGACUCUGCUAAUCAGAAUGAUAAACAUUAGAAAUGGUGUCGCAUUGAUGAUAUGACUGGUAUUCACAACUGGCUAAAACGUUUUAGAAAUACUUCAUAAUAAAUAAAGAGGGCAGGAAGGCUCUUCACGAAGGGUGUAUCAUGGUUGCUAUAAGCCUACGAGUAUCCAUAUCAUUUCACUAAUACUGUAAUAACCAAUUAAAACAUCAUUUUAAAAGCUUGUUCCCAGGCUUCAACACCAAAAAACAAAAAACAAAACAAACAAAAAACUUGUGCGGUUCUCAAUAGCUACAAAAACUAUAGUUUAUCUAACAACUUAAUCAAAGAUAUAUAAGGCCUUGAUUGAAAAAACAUUAAUAUGCCAAUAAAGUAUAUAGAAGAUAAUUUGGAAAAAUGAGACCAUCCAUGCCUUUGCAUAAGAUAUCUUAAUAUUAUCCACAUGUAAGUUCUCUCCAAGUUAGCCAAUAAAU